GUGACGGUCACGUGAUCGCGCCCUUUCCAUCAUGGCGUCUUAUCGGGUCGGUUUGUUUUGCUCUCGGCGAUUUAUACAGCGAGUGAUAGUGUUCUUUUCUUUUUGCUGGGCUUUAAUUCAGAGUUCUGGGAAUGAUAUUGAAAGCUGUGACAACCUCCGACUGGGACAGUAUAUCUGCAAUAGCCCAAAAAUACAUAAUGCAACUCAAGAACCUGAGAACUGCAAGGAUCGAGUGGCAUGGGUGGAAUGCCUUCCUGCACCAAACAUCAGCUGCCUACUUCCAAACGGGACCAGGUUCAAGUUCACCGGGAUGGAAGUUGGAUUUAAUAAAAGCAUCCCAUGUCGGAAUGUGACUGGCUAUUCCUAUAAAGUGGCUGUGGCUUUGUCCCUUUUCCUGGGAUGGCUGGGUGCAGAUCGCUUUUAUUUGGGGUAUCCAGCUCUUGGGCUGCUGAAGUUCUGCACAGUGGGUUUCUGUGGAAUUGGAAGUCUGGUGGACUUCAUACUGAUAUCCAUGCAGAUCGUAGGUCCAUCUGACGGUUCGGAUUACAUCGUAGACUACUACGGAGCGAGGCUCGUACGGCUCUCCAUAACAAACGAGACAUACAGGCGAACACAGAUCUCUCUCUGAGGAGGUGGACGGUGAGGACAGGACAAAAAUCUGACAUCCAAGAUUGUGUCGAAUAAAUCUCAGCCUUUUCUCUUUUCAAUUGGGAAGACACAUGGAUAUGGCAGACACUGCUUGUGCUCUCUCUGUGUGUGUGUGUGUAUGUGUGAGAGAAAGUGUUUGGACUGCUGAGGAUCGUAAAUAUGUUAAGCCUGUGUUCUCCAAAGUGGAUAAGCCCACCUGCAUUCCUGCAUCUCCUCUCACCCUCACCAUCCGUCCUUCUUUCAUCUGACUCUGAACAGCAGAAACGCAGUUCAUCCUUUAUACUGUUGUGCAAUGGAAAUCUCUCACCCAUAUGUAUUUGAUUAAAUAUCCACCUCAAGCUGCAGUGAUAGCGCACACGUGACAUGAUUCCAUACAAACUUCCUGGGAAACUGGAAGUUCAGUGCGUAGACUAUUUAUUGACAACAUAGUGAUGUCUGUUAUUUGAAAAGAGGAAAACUUUUAUUAUUAUUCCUUUAAAACCUUCUGUUUUGUCAUUGUUAUUUAAAUAAAGUUUUAUCUGUG